AUGACCUCCUCAGUGCCGCAGUCGGCAACGCUGCCGCCGCCGCUGCACUCUCCCCACUCGCCCUUCACCAAGAACCGCGUCUCUGCGUUUGGAAACUGCUGCAAUGAUGGCGACGAGCUGUGUCAUCGCCGCCCACAACAGCCGCAGUUGCGUCUCCGCUCAGAUGCCGACCGCCUCGACGUGGACGCGUCAUCUUUCGCGCGGGUGUCGCUGCACUCCUCACAGCCCACGACGCCGUGCACGGAGACACACGCCUCUGCCUUCGUGCGUGGCGUGAAGUCGAACACGUCGACGCCGGCCCUCGACACACCACCGUCGCUGGGGAAGUCGAAGGAUGCGCGACUCGCGUGCCGGCAGACCAUCGAAGACGCCUACGCGCCCACCGUGGCCGAAGUGGGCGGCGACAGCGGCAGGCCACAGAAGAAGGAGUUACGGCUGGAGGAGCGCAUCGCAAACGUGUGCACCGUCAACCGCGCCGUCUUCACGCCUGCGAGCGCGCUGUCAGCCACCACCACGGCGAGUAUGGACGCCGCCUGCACCGGCGGGCGCGACUCGAGCAUCUUCUCCUUCACGAGCAGCGUGCAGGACGCCUAUCUGGCCUCCCUGCCGCUCGGCCGGGGUGGUGGCGGGGCGGUCGGUGCGAACCGGCGCCACAUCUCCAGUCUGCUGACGUCGCCGCAGUCGAGUGCGAGUCCAUGCCCGGCGCUGCAUAUCAGCGGCCCCGCAGCGCCGACGGGUAACAUCACCACGGUGGUGGACUCCUCCGGCGAGCGGGCGGCGUGCUGCGCGGCUGGGAGUGACGCGAGUGCGUCGUCCUCGCGCAUCUCCAAGUGCAAGCAGCGCCUGCAAGGCCUCAACCGACCCGCCUUCGACCUCAAGGCCGUGGAGGAGGCGCAGCCGUCUUUCCUGGAGGAGGAGGAAGUCUGCAACGCAGCGCAGUGCUUCCCCCUGAGCGAGAUCACGCCAUUGCUGUGGGUGGGGACGUGGAAGGACGCCGCCAACCCAGCGCUGCUGCGCCGUCUGGGGAUCAAGUACGUCCUGAACGUCGCCCGGGAGCUGGACCCCGCCGCGGAGGCUAACGUGAUUGCACGGAACAAGGACAUCGUCUACGAGUCCAUCCCGAUGAGCGACUGCCACUCACAGGACGUCGCCGCGCACCUGCGACAAGCUUUUCAGUUCAUCGAGCGCGCCCGCGCGGCGAAGUCGCGGGUGUUGGUGCACUGCCGGCGCGGUAUCUCGCGCAGCCCCGCGAUCGUCGUCGGCUACCUGAUGGCCUCCGAGCACCGCUCCUACGAAGAGGCCCUGCAGCUCGUGACAGAGCGUCGUAGUUGUGUCUCGCUGAACCUCGCUUUUCAGGAGCGGCUGUCCGAGUACGUGCCAAACACAGAGUUCUACCACGGGCCCCCGUCCUCCCCCGCUGCGACCGGCGUGGUGCCGUCGUCGUCGUCGUCGGUGGACGCGCCGAGUGCGUUGCUGCCGUCGCUGCAGGCGAUGUCGAGCCGCAGCGAGCACAGCUGCGGCGGCGCGUGCGGCGGCGGAGGGGCGGAGGGCAGAGGCACCAGCAAUGCGAGCAGCCGUGCGAGCAGCACGAUGCGGCAGGAGCUGGCGCUGACGGCGGCGCCGUCGCCGACGCUCAACUUCCACCGCGCGCCGCACCGCCCACGGCUGGCGUUGCACAAAAGCAAGAAGCUCAACUCCACGGCCACCUUCACCACGGCUACGACGACGACCACCGACAGCACCACGCCAACCACGAACAGCACCAGCACGGCUACGACGACGGCAACAACGCCCUUCGCUGCCGACUCCAGCGUUCUGGCCGCCACCCCGGUCACGGGAAGGCAGGACAAAUCAAGCUGGCUGGAGGAGGAAGUGGCCUCCUGCUUUGUCGCACCCGUCCGCCACAGCAGGCCCGUGAGCAACGGCCAGCGCGCCGAGUCGAUGUGUUUGGAGCGGGAUGCGCAGCUGCGCGUUCUGGCCAAGUCGGCGACGCAGCCGACGGGCUGCCGCGGAGGAUUUUUGGGCACCUGCGCCCACCGCAGCUUCGGGAACUCCGACAACGAUGCGGACACGAACAAGGAGGAGGAGGAGGAAGAGAUCGAAGAGCCGGGCUCGCCAUUCGGUGUGGGCAACCGCCGCGCCUUUUCGCACUUCAACUUCGGCCUGCCGAGCGACAGCAGCACCAACGUGUCGCCACGCUCGAAGAAGAACGCGCGCAGCUUCGCGGAUGAGGUGGAGCACACACCCGUGCUGUCGCACUCACGCAGCAGCAGCGCGGUGUGUAGAGGUGCGGACGGCGCGAAGAGGUUGCUGACGCCGUCGUGGGACGAGGAUGAGGAGGCGGAGCCGCACCGCCGCAGAAACGGCGAUGAGGGGCGCGGUGAAAGACGGUUUUCACGGCUGCCGCACCGCGGGGCUCCGCCGGCGAGCGCCUUUGACGACGCGGCUGCCGACGACGACGGCGAUGGCGAGGCGGACGACGAGGAGGAGCGCCGCCCAUCAGCGACGGCGGACUUCGACGGAUUGCCAAACACACGCUUUACUCUCUACCCUGGGCGGCUGUCGCCCUUCACCAAGGCAGCCGGCAGCGCCCCGCUGGACGACCACAGCAGUACGGCCAACGCCGACGACCACAGCAAGGCCCAGUCGAGCCUUCCCAUGCCGCUGCGCGCGUUAGCCGUCUCCGCCAAAGCGUCACCAAACGCGCAGGCCGAGUCGCCGAGCCGUGGGGAGGACAGCAGCAGCAGCGUCAGCCACGGCAACACCACCGGCACGGUCGGCGGCUUCUCCGCGACGCCCUACGGCACCCAAGGCUCGCUGAACGAUGAGCCGAAUCUGAGCGGCGCGCGCGUAGUGUCGCACACGUCUAGUCUCAGCGGGUGA